AUGGCUGAUUAUUCGGAUCUAGCGCAUAAGCACUUGGCUAAUGCACGUGGUCAUGUUGUUAAUGACUGCUAUGUCAUUGAUCAGCCGCACAUGCCUAUGCAGACACCGUUACAGCAUCCAGUACGCUUCCAGGAACUUCCGCGACUGCAAGUACCACCGUUUGCACUUACACAUCAGUCCAUGCCUGCGUGGAAAAUGCCACAACAAUCUGUGCCACGUAUGAGUGUAUCUAAUUUACUGUCCGGCAGCUUCCGAAGUCGCGCUUCACCGCAGUUACAGGCAUCUACACUGACGCUUACACCGCCGUCAGCGCCGACACCUGUACACGCUCCUCCUCCUGCUUUGCGACGUCUACCCAGUUUUGCUGAUAUACUAGCGCGCACUCACCUCUUUCAUCUCAUGGGUCGGUCAAGUGAGCCCACUGCGGCCCCUGUUCCCGCUGUGGAGGUACCUGUGGAGGACGAAAUGCAAAUGCAGCAGCAGCAGCCCGAGCAAAUGAUGACUACUAUGUAUCAGCAGCAGAUGCCAAUGCAACUUAUGGAAGGCAGCUACACGGUGUUUGCACCCCAUCGCGUUGAUACCAACUAUAAUAUGGACACGUCGUGUAGUAUUGGCGAUGAGCAGCGGAGUCCCGUGGGUGUCGCGUCACCUGUUAGCCAGACAAGUGAGAUGAACAAACGGCGUGAACGCUGGACGGAAGAUGAGCAUGCUCGCUUCAUGGAGGGUCUGAAUCGGUACGGUCGUAAGUGGAAAAAGAUUCAGACGUUUGUUAAGACGAAGACCGCCGUGCAGGUUCGCACCCACGCGUAUGGAUAUUUCGCUAAGUUACUCCGCAACAUGCCGGAGGAUGAUGCAAUCUGGGAACUUGCUGAGGAGAUGAGUUCUCUGCCUGGUGCUGUACUGAAGGGUCCGGGAAAUGGGAAGCGCCGCAAUGAGCCGAAAACGGAUGAGGCCGGUAUGGAAGUGUUACGUCGCUUUGUGUUUUCCAAGAAGAAGUCGGAGGACAAGAAGCAAUUAUUGAUGUCCAAUGAGUCGACGGAGGACCGCGAGAAUGUAGAGAUGGCCGAGUCGACCCCCUCUAAUGCCAACUCGCAGGCGCCUACGGGCUCGUGGAGCUCCACUCAGCAGUGGAAAGCCGACGAUUCUGGCGCGCUACUAGAGAUUAAACGUCAGCGCUUGAAUUAA